AGCGCCAUAUUUUUUCUUCCUCUGUAGAGGAAAGAAAGGGACAAAAGCUGGAGCGAAUCUAACUUCUCUCCGUCGGGGGCCGCGCUAACGACACGUUUACUCUCGCGCCGCGCUCUUCCCCACGGCGGGUGUGUGCGUGUGGACAGAUGCUGCUGCUCGGAUGAGUGUGUGUGUGCGCGCGCGGCGCUAAAGCAGAGGACGCAGCUUGUCACACACACACACACACACACACACACACAGUUGAGGGCCGGUGGAAGUGGAGAAACGUUCGCCCUGCCGGAGGUGGAACGGCAAACACUGACGUUAACCUGCUCGGGAAAUAAGACGAGGCUUGUUGUCUAGUUAUAAUGUAUCAGGUUCCGGUGGGAAAUAUUGAGAAGAUCCGAAAGGCACGCAAGGCGGUGAAAAACGUCCUUUCAGAGAUCGGCCUGGAAGAUUGCCAAAACCUGCUGAAGGAUCUCAAUGAAAAGGCUGAGAAACACACAGAUGAAGAUGAGGUCUUUCAGGAAACCGAGUGGGUUGAUAUCACAGAAGGAUACAACACGAGACGACAGAAAAAGUGGCCUUAUCGGUCUCGAUCUCUGUGCUGCAACCUGUGCAAGUACUCUUCACACAACAUCUACAACUUCAGGAGUCACGUCUCACGCUGCCACGGAUAUGUCCAAUCGUUCUGUGCGCUGGCGCCCUGUUCCCAGUGCGUCUUCAUCGGCCACCCGAAGGUUGUCAAGAGGCACAUGCUCUUCUUCCACGCCAACCUCACCACCGUACCACAAGUACAAUUACCAAGGGAAGUGUCUUUACCCACCCAUCGUGGAAAUGAGAGGUAUCAGUGUCGGAGGUGUGGAUUUCCAAACUCCUCCAUCUUUGCAAUGAAGAAGCACAUUAUUCUCAAGCACCUGGACAAUUUGGCCGAACAGUAUAUAGGUUACAGGAUAAAUCUUCAAGCAAACACGUCUAUAAAGGUCUACUGCUGCAAAGUGUGUAAGGUGAACACGGGGAAUCUUGACCAGAUGUUGCAUCACAUGCUGGUUGAGCCGUCGCACUACUCGGUCAGCACACAAGUGCAGGGCCUGAUUCACGAGAACAAGAACUAUACCAUUAAACCGACGUCUAAUGGAAACGGCGUGUUUGUGACAUUCCCGAGCAUCGCUCCUAAACCACACCAACCUCAAAUAUUUAACAGUAAGUCCUUGGUUAUACCAAGUAACGGCCAACCUGGUGGGACUGUUGUGACAUUGCAGCAGUUACAGGGAGCUGCAAACAGCGCUACUUUCAUCUGUGCCCCUGGAACAAACCAAGCUUUUCUGCCCCCUCAAGCAUCAGCGUUAGUGCAGCUGGCUAGUGCUGAGGCUAAAGGUCUGCUCCAGCCCGGCGCCACAAUAGCCCUCCGAAGUACUUUGUCCCAAUCCAUGCUCCAACUCCCCACAAUGUCCAAUGUUUCUCUAAAACAGGCGCCGGUGGCUCUGACGCCUGCUUCUGCUCAGCCGCAACAGACUCCACAAGCACAGCAAAUCCUCAUUCCAUCAGGAGUGCAGGCCAACACGGCAGCCGGAACAGGGGCUGUUCCCAAGCCGGCCGUGGCUACACAGAAUGCAUCAACAAACCAAAGUAGCCUGCAAGGUACAAUGCUGACUUCGCAGUCCCUGCUGAGUCACCUGAUUCCAACUGGCAACAGGAUGAACGGCAUGCCCACGUACACCUUCGCUCCGCUGCAGGUAGCGAUGCCUGUCUCACAGAGCACCCCUCUCAAGGCCGUCGAGCAAACGAGUAACUCUGUACCGCAAACUAAGAAAUGGGUCACCUGUCCCCUCUGCAAUGAGCUUUUCCCUUCCAGUGUGUUCGACAUGCACACAGAGGUCGCCCAUCAGACAAAAUCCUCUUCAUCCAAAACAGAAAGUGUGGCAGCACGAGCAGCUUUCCUGAAGAAAAUGCCAGACAAAACUGUCAAAUGUCUAACAUGCAAAAUCCUCCUGUCAGAGAAAAGCGUCUUCCAACACUUGCUGCAUGGCCUGAAUUGCUUGUAUUGCUCAGCUCUGUUCUUUUCAAUCAAACAGCUCGCUGAGCACGUGAAGCAGCACAAUCCCACAAGCAAGGCCUACUGUGACUUCCUAAGGCAGAAGUACAGGGUCUACUCAAAGGGCGUGGGCGGGAUCCUAUUCCCCUACUUUGACGUGCACACCACUGCACCAAAAGAGGUCCUCGGGGACCGAGAGGUCAAUCUCGCCCUGGUCACAAGUUCCCUCGACCUGAUAUUCUUCAAGCUGCAGCCCAGCAGCCAGCCAGACAUCUGUGCGGCGCCCGUGAGAAUCAACAGCUCAUACUGUCCCUUCUGUGAUGAAAAGUUCCAGGACGAAUCCAAACACCUCCAGCAUCUGAGACAGAAACACUUUGUGGCACCCACCAUUCAUGCCAUCCUCAAGACGGAGGCUUUCAAGUGCAUAUACUGCAAUGGGGUGUACACGGGGAAGGUCACGCAGCAUGCGGUGAUGCUCCACAUUCAGCGAUGCCGGUGCUCGCCAAAACCAUCACAGCCACCCAAACCUGCAGCACCAGCACCAGCACCAGCACCACCAGCACCACCACCACCGCAGCAGCUGCAGCAGCCUCCGAAACCAGCUCCACAGAUCAUUCAGCAGUCCGGACUCUACUUUCUCCAGAUGCCACAAGGGCUGACUAUGAAGCAGGUGACAAUGAAGCAAGUUACUCCGGCUCGUUUGAUUCGACCUGCACCCAGCGCACAGCCGGAGACCGAAGCAGAGCUGCAGUCCAAGAAGCGGCUGGAGGCUGCGCUGAGGCAGGUCAUGGAGGACAACAAACGAGAACGGGAACAAAAGGCGUCCGUUCGCAAGAAGCGCGAGCAGGAGAAGGUGUUGCCCCCACCGGAACCUGUGGUUCAGAUCGACCCCACUGUGAAGCUGGUUCUGGAGCCCACCCCAGUCGAGCGCCGCUGCAACGACGAGCGAAGAGACUUUAUAUCAAAAUACUUCAACCGGAACCCGUACGCGAACAGAGCCGAGAGCGACGAGCUGUGCAGGAGGCUGUCUCUCACCAAGACCGAGUUGGCAGCCCACUUCAGCAAGAAGCGCAGCAAGUGCAUGAAAAGUCUGAAGAGGAACACGGCCGCGAUUCUCCUCGGCUUCAACAUGACUGAAAUGAGAAAGCUCACGCAUAACCUCACCAUCCCAGAGCAGCGGCCGGCCGAACUCACAGAGCAGCCGCAGCCGCAGGUCGAUAAAACCCACCAGUUAGCAAACAGUGAGGAGGGACCGGAACCGAUGGAUGAAAGUGGACAAGUUGUGGACGAGGUGGAGCAGAUGGAAUUGGAGCACUGAUCACCCCGGUUUAAAAGGAACAGAAGAUGACCCAGAUACUUAAACGAUGGCCUUCUGUGUUGACAGUCACUGGAAAAGUUGAUCAUGUUGUGGAUACAGAGUAGUUCGGAACGUACACCUGAACCCGAGGGCCGUUUCUUUAUGUAGCCUUCAUCAGUAGUGCCCCGUUUGACAUCAGUACGUCAGUACCAUAAUUACCACAUAAAUGCAGAGCUAUGUUGUGAUACUCCCUAGUAUAUAAUAUAUAAUAUAUAAACCCUAAUGAAGAUACAGAUGUGAUAUGGUGCAGACUGCUGAGCUGCAGCAGUAUUCAGCUGGUUACAAUCUCAUUCGAGCUACUGACUUCGAUAUAAGCAGUGAUUUGUGCCUGGUAGCUGCUCUUUGCACCCGUUAUUUAAGCCCUUUUGUACAAAAUUAUGAUUUCAGUUCUUGUCUGCUAAUACUAAGACUCCCAGUGCACACCUCAAAAGAGAUGAGUUACUGGGCUUUCUUUCCUUUUUUAGAGGAACUUGUUUGGACCUAUUACAGUCACGUGCACAACCUCAUUAUGUUGUUUUUCCAUUCGUUUUUUUUUUUUCGCACCAUUUCCAUCUGUUUUUUGACAGUUUUCAAGAGGAAAUUUCUCUUCUGAAAUUUCUUCAGAAUAAAUAAUGAGUUGUAAACUUGCUUAAUUGACAGAAUUUAUGGAGACUUUGUUAUUAUUAUGAUUAAAUCUCUGACCAUGUUGCUUGCAUGAACCUUGGUUUUACUGAUUUGUGCCAUUGUGAAGUCGACACAUUUGCAUAGAACUUGUGGAAAAUUUAACCUAUAGAUUCAACGAAACAUGAAACACGUCAUCGGGUGUGUAUUCUUUCGCCUCGCAACUUCUGUUCUCCUGUUGGUUUUUUUUGUACUAUACCAUGUUUUUUUUUCUAUAAUUCCUAGAGGAUCAGAAAUGUUGGGAGAGGUACAAAUUCUCAUUCUGUCCAAGACCACUGUGUUGUAAAAAAAAUAAUAAAGUGGUAUCUUUUUA